AUGGAUCUGUUAAAUGCCGAUGUUAAGACGGAAAUACAGUCAGACUCUCUCAACCCUGAUCUUAUUAUGAUCGACGGGAAACAAGUCAGUAGAACCUCUAUGGGUAAGAGAAAGUUUCAUAAUAAAUCCAAGACAGGUUGCGAUAAUUGUAAAAGACGUAGAGUUAAAUGUGAUGAAGGUAAACCAACUUGUAAGAAAUGUGAAAAUAUGAAAUUAGAUUGUGUAUAUUCUCCACCCAAACAAAGAAAGAGGAAAAGAACUACAAAAUCUGAUGGGUCAGUAACCAAACCAUCAAGAUCUAGUUCGAACGGUAUAACAAACACUAGUACGACAAGCAAUACAACUAAAAAACCCUCUUCUUCAUCAUCUUCGAUAAAUACUACAAACAAAUCUACUCCCUCCAAAAUGAAUAACUCUAAUGGUACUUUAAAUAUUUUGGAAAAUUUAAAAUUAAUUCAAGACCAAGAACCAUUACAACAAUUGCAACAAUUACAAAAAUUGCAAUUCAUGCAACAACAGUUACAAAAUGAUAAAAUAAUGAAUGGUUUACAACAACGUGGUAAUGACAGUAAUAGUAGUAGUACAAACAACUUAGCGGCCUCAUUAUUAGGACUUGCUAACAACAAUGACAACAACAACACCAAUAGUACAAACGGUUUACUUUUACCUCCUCUGAUUGCGGGUAGUACUAGUAAUUCUGGAAAUAGUAGCACUAGUGCAAACACAGGAUCUGAAGCACCAACAAUGUUUAAUGCUACAAAUUCUACAAAUACACCACAGUAUUCUGGUACGCUGGGUAAUAGCACUGAUAGAUUCAUAAGUAUGCAAGGUACAUACAGCCCCAAACUGCAAUCUGUUGGGAUGGCUGCAUCGAAUAGUUUAAAUUUCUUACUAUCCCCAAAUAGGUCAAAUACAAACCAAUCCUCGAAUUCAGUGGCUGCAAGUGUAAAUCAAUUAAGCAUGCAAAAUGAUAGUCAGAUGCUUUUACAACAACAACAGCAGCAACAGCAACAGCAACAGCAGCAACAAUCCUCUCUCGCAGGAUUAGCCAAUAUUAAUAUGCCUUUCAAUGUUGAAGCUUUAUCUCAAUUAAACAAAUUAAAUAUUAAUUUGAAAAAUAUCCUACCAACGUUGGCAAAUCAAGGUAUAGACGCAACAAGUGUGCUAGCAAGUACUGGUUUCAAUCUGAAUUCUCUUCCAUUUGAUUUCCAAGAAUUAUUAGGAAACAAAUAUAGUUUAGGUGGCGGCCAAAAUAAUAACAACAACAAUUCCAAUAUAACUAGAGCUACAAAAGCCAAUAAUGCAGAAGAAGCCCUAGCAGGUAUGCAACAACAACAACAACAGAGGGUUAAUAAGAGUAUAGAAUUGAAACAAAUUCUACAACAAACAAAACAACAGAAUAAUUCAAGAGAAGAAGAAAAAUUGGCAAAGAGCGCAAAUAUAUUAUCUACACUAGACUCUAUGAACCCCUUAUUAAAGACCUCUUUAGAAACUGCUCUCAACAUUGAAAAAACGUCUGCAAGAGACUCCUUGACUUCAAGUCCCAAAGGUCUCGACAAGACAGACGAUAGUCAAAAUGAAAGCCCUAUGACAACGUCAUCAAAUAAUUCUUAUGGUAUAGGAAUAGGAGCUAAGACAUCAAAAUUAGUUGAAAUGUCUAAUUCAUCAAGCCUAAAUCUGGUAGAUUUGAAAUUAUUUCAUCACUAUUGUACUACAGUAUGGAAAACUAUCACUGAUGCCGGUAUAUCUGGUCCUGAAGUUUGGAAGACCUACAUUCCGGAACUAGCAUUUGAAUAUCCUUUCUUGAUGCAUACAAUUCUUGCAUUCAGUGCCACUCAUUUAUCCCGUACAACCCCUGGCCUAGAGGAUUAUGUUUCAGAACAUCGUUUAAAUGCUUUAAAGUUAUUACGUGAAGCUGUAUUGGAAAUAUCAGAUGACAAUACAGAUGCCUUAGUGGCAUCUGCAUUGAUUUUGAUUAUGGAUUCACUGGCCAAUGCAUUGAACUCAACGGAAGGAAAUACCUCUGCUUGGAUUUUCCAUGUUAAAGGUGCUGUGACUAUUCUGACAGCAGUUUGGCCGUUGCCAGCAAACUCCAAGUUUUCAAAUAUUAUAUCCGUAGACUUAAGUGGUUUUAGUAGUGAAGUGACUAAAGAAAAUGGUGCUAUCUCUGACCUUGUUUGUUUUGACGAAAGUAUAUCUGAUUUAUACCCAGUAGAGGUGGAUUCUCCAUAUUUUGUAACAUUAGCAUAUUUGGAUCAACUACACAGAGAAAAAAAUCAACUAGAUUUUAUCUUGAGAGUAUUUGCAUUCCCUGCUUUAUUAGAUAAAACAUUUUUGGCAUUAUUAAUGACUGGUGAUUUAGAUGCAAUGAGAAUUAUGAGAAGCUAUUACAAAAUGCUACACAAUUUCACCACCGAAGUAAAGGACAGAAUUUGGUUCUUAGAAGGUGUAUCGCAUGUUCUACCACAAGAUGUUGACGAAUAUAACGGAGGUGGUGGGAUGCAUAUGAUGCUGGACUUUUUGGGUGGUGGAUUACCUUCAAUGACUACCACCAAUCUUUCUGAGCUUAUGUAG